AUGGCAAACUCGAAAUUCGAGUAUGUCCGUAACUUCGAGACGACAGAUCCUUUGAUGCCCAGCACAUGGAUUGUGGUUCGCAUCGAUGGCAGAGGCUUCACAAAAAUGUGUGCCAAGUACGGCUUUGAGAAGCCGAACGAUCGUCGAGCUUUAGAUCUCAUGAAUGCUGCUGCUAAGCAAAUUGUGACUGAACUACCAGACAUCAUGAUCGCAUACGGCAUCAGUGAUGAGUAUAGCUUCGUCUUUCACAAAUCAUGCACCCUGUUCGAACGAAGAGCUAGUAAACUAGUCAGCACAGUCGUGUCGACAUUCACUGCUUACUAUGUGCACUAUUGGUCUACAUACUUCCCGGAUACCCCCCUAUCUCCCCCAUUGCCGUCUUUUGACGGGAGAGCAGUGUGCUACCCCAGUGUACAAAUCCUCCGGGAUUACAUGAGCUGGCGACAAGCAGAUUGCCAUAUCAACAACCUUUACAACACAAGUUUCUGGUCACUGAUCCAGAUCAAGGGUCUUGACAACAAAGAGGCUGAAAAGAGGCUUGCUGGUACACUCGCAAAAGACAAGAAUGAGAUCCUCUUCUCAGAAUGUUCCAUCAACUACAACAACGAGCCGGAGAUGUACAAGAAGGGCAGUGUCAUCUUCCGCGAUUACGAGCUUGUCGAGCCCAGCUCUCACAACAUCACAGAGACUAUUGACUCUCAAGCAGAGCCAGCCCAGCAAUCCAAGACGCAACGGGAGAAGGACAAGAAGAGCCGCGCAAAGGCUCGCGUGGUGAUAGAACACGUGGACAUUAUCAAGGACGACUUUUGGGACCGAAGACCAUGGCUUCUCUCAAACAAGCCAGGAAAGAUUCCAAAACAGACGUAA